GAGAGUGAGAAGGGGGGAGGCCACUUUCCGUUCCGGUCAGUUUAAUUCCGGUCACGUGACGGGGACGAUGUGGUGGCGCUCUCCUCUUCGGUAGCUUCCAUUGGGCGGCCUGCUGCAGGAGCCAGCGUACAAUGGCGAAUCUUCAAUCUUUCACAUCCCGCUUCCUCCACUGCAGACGAUGCCCUCCUGCGGUUCCACGUUCGUCUUCUAGCCGUCUGUCGGAAGAUGCGGUGAACAUCCGCUAUGGGAUUUCGGUCUGAUAAGACUAACAUCCGCUCAUCCUGGUGCCAAAAACAGGGUUGUGCUCGCGACAAGAAAUCAACCGAACCGCUGUAGUAACAUGGCGUAUAGACAGAAAAGCGAUCCAGGAAACGGACAGUCGGCGAAUUUAGACGAAAAUCCUAAUCAGAUGGUCUACAGAAAGAUGGAACAGAUGGUGGAAAAAAUGCAGGACGAACAAACUGGUGUUCCUGUCAAAACUGUCAAGAGCUUCAUGUCGAAGAUACCCAGCGUGUUUACUGGUAAGAGCGUAUGUCUUUCACUUCUAUACCGGAACAAAAUAUGUUCCUUCGACGUAUCCUUUUCAGCUGAGGCUCUUCAUCUUGCGCAUUUAAUAGCAGCACAUGGAUAUUUCUUUCCUAUUGAUGACCAUAUUCUUACUGUUAAAGCUGAUGGAACAUUUUAUAGGUUUCAGACACCUUAUUUUUGGCCGUCAAAUUGUUGGGAGCCUGAAAAUACUGAUUAUGCUGUGUACUUAUGUAAACGGACCAUGCAAAAUAAAACUAGAUUGGAACUUGCCGAUUAUGAAGCCGAGAAUUUGGCACGUUUACAAAAAAUGUUUUCACGCAAAUGGGAAUUUAUUUUUAUGCAAGCAGAAGCUCAAGCUAAAGUUGAUAAAAAAAGGGAUAAAUUAGAAAGAAAAGUUUUAGAUAGCCAAGAAAGAGCUUUCUGGGAUGUUCAUAGACCAGUUCCUGGUUGUGUUAAUACAACUGAAAUUGAUAUUAAAAAAGCAUGUCGAAUGAAUAAACCAAUAAAGAGUUCAAAGCAUAUGCAAUGCUCGGUUUCUGGAGGAAGAAUAAGUCCAAGCAUUUCCGAAGCAGAUUUAAGUAAUCCGGCUGAAUUAUUAAAACUUGAAGUAAGUAUAAAUAUAAAUUAAAACACAUCAAUAAGGAUUGAAUGACAGAUUUUGUAAAGAAAAUAUAAGUUUUUUUAAUUUAUGUUUAAUGUUUCAAUAAUAAAGGACAAAAAACUGUCCGAAAAAUAAACUUGGUUUUGGCUGUUUGUGCAGCUAUUUACUGUUUGUAAUGGGCAUACAUUGUCAUCAUAUGCCUGUUAUGAAUUGUUCUUAUACCACAUGUUAAUUUAACUUUAAAUUGAGCAUUCAGUUUGUAUUCUGACAAUGGCUGCACAAACAGCCAAAACAUUUGAAAAAUAAGUUUUUCUCAGCAGUAUUCUUUACUUUUUUGGACAUAUUUUGUACAAAUCUCAUAAACCAGUUUUUGAAUUGUAGUAAUACAAUUACUACAUUGUCAGUUAACCAUUACAGCGUGUUUUUUAAAGAGUUAACAUACAAUUAGUGAUAAUUUAUUCCUUUGUUACAAACAUUUGCUGUAAAGAGAAAAUUGGUUCUUCCUAUUUCAUCUCUCUCACACCAAAUAA